ACCGAACAGCAAUAUGGCUCAUAGCAGUUUAGUUAGGAUAAUUGUCAUUAGUUUGAUUUACUAUACAAAACUAUCUGACGGUGCCUGUGUCUCCGGUCAGACAACAGGAAAACUACCAACAACCGACAGUUCCGACACCGGUUCAGGAAGGACAUUUGUUUUAAACUCUAUGGAUAACGACUACCAAAUAAACUGUUGUGGCUUUGUGACGACCUGGGAGUUCUAUGUCACUACUACCAAUGGCACUUUGUACGCUCAGGUGUGGCGACAGGUGUCCGGAGCCUGGACGUUAAUUGGACAGAACUCCUUUGAUAUUGAAACGGCAAAUUUCAAUGCAGUCUUCACUGGAUCUAUCACUGCCUCACAACAAAUAUCGGUCCAAGCAGGAGAUUACAUUGGAUUCAUGUCGUCGGGGGUCACCAUACCGUCAUAUUACAUAACAAAUAUGGGUAGCGGAAGUUCCAACGAAGACGUGAUUUACUCGGAUACAGCGACAGGGACAGUAGGAAGCACGGCCACCUUUUUACACUACAGAAAUAACAUAGAAUUUAGCAUUAAAGCUACAUUAUCACCAGGUAACACCCCACAGUUUGCAUCGCUACCCACGACAUUAUCUGCAGGUGAGGACACGGCGGUUGGAACGACGCUGAUAACGGUAACAGCAACGGACGCGGACUUGUCCGACAACCUGACGUAUACACUGACGUCAACAAAUCCUGCUUCCACGUCUUUUAACUUUGACCCGAUUUCAGGAAACCUGACCACUCUGACAACGUUGACUGUCGGUACUACCGUGUUCAGUUUUUCUGUAGUAGAUCUAUGCGGCAAUGCAGAAUCAGCCACUUUCACUCUAACUGUUGCAAACCAGCCUCCAGUUUUUCAAAACCUGCCGAAUACUACAGAAAUUAGUGAAGAUCUCUCGGAGGAGACGGAAUUAUUCAUUCUGACCGUUACCGAUCCGACAGUAGGAGAUGUAGUGACGUGCUCCUUAAAUAGUAUAGUUCCCACGACAAAUGAUUUGUACUUUUAUUACUCAGUCGGAAGAUCUAGGUACUCUAUUUAUCUACGAGGUGGCGCUUCUUUGGACUAUGAUACAGCCAGAGAGUACUUGAUGACCAUUAAUUGUACAGACACCAAGGAUUCAGUGAGUAGCACAUUUGUUGUGUACGUGUCCAAAAACGAACCGCCAGUCAUCACAAACCUUCCAGCAAGUGUUAGUGUAUCUCCAAACACAAUUGUCGGGACGUCCAUUUUUACUGUGACGACGACCGACAAAGAGUCCGCCCAGCUGUUCUACAACAUGACUUGUAUACCAUCUGAAUGUCCUUUUAAAAUAUUUGCAUCGGGUGCAGUCCUUACUGAAAGCAGUGUGGUAAAUGUAACGGAGCCAGGAUUUGACCUCUAUAUCUAUGUAUUUGAUGGGAAAAACCUUGUUGGACCCAAAGUACUCACUGUUCAAAUGAAAGAAACAGACUCCACCGCCACAUCAACAUCGACUGAUUGGCUGAGCACGGAUGCAAAAUAUAUACUGAUAAUCUUAACAAUCUUUGCUGGGUUAGCUACGUUCGCAGUGAUUGGAUUUUGUGUGCUGGUGUUCAAGAAAUCACCAAAAUCAAAAUCUAGAAAUAUUAUCAAAACUAAACCUUUUCUAUAAAUGUAGCACUUAUAAAAAUGUGCGUCAUACAAUUUGUAUAUAACAGGCAAAGAGGUUUUAAAAAGUAUAUUUUACAUCAUUCUAUGCUGUAACUUCUAAAGUAUAUAUAUAAUAUUUUUUGUUUACUUAUUAUGUAUAAUAUUUUGAAAUGUUUUUAACUCCGAAAUAGUAAAGAUUUAUAAAGAACGAAAUAGCAAACCAAACGGUUUUAAUAGAAUUGUACUUUCUAAAUUAAAAGGAAAAAAAAGUAAAAAAAAUUAGACAUAAAAAUCUCCAACAUACAAUUUAUAAUAAGCACAUUCAAAAUCAUGAGUUGUUUUUAAGUACACGAGACAACAUGGACUUGGAAGUGUACUUGCUUUAUUAGAAAUAUUAACUGAUAUAAAGUGAAUUGAUAGGAAAAUUGACGGACAACCUCCUGUGAACCCCCCUUUUAAAAUAACACACUUGACCAUGAAAGACAUAUAAAAUGUUCAAUACAUUGUUAAACUAUCGAAUGAAUAUACGUAUUUAUUAACAGUCUAUGUAAAAGCUAGCGUCAAUGUUAUUCUUUAUUUGUUUCUAGAGCGCCAGAGGGUGUGCUCUGAAAACUAAAGCAUCAACUAAAGCAAUCCUUCAUCAUUUAUCAAAAAUGUGGUGCUUUAAGUAACAAUAGUAAUACAUGUAAAUAUACUAAAAAUAAUACAUUUUUAUAUCUAAAUGUGUAAAUUAAAAUAUUGAAGGAACAAUUUAUGAUAUGUUAUUUUUAAGACACCUUUAUUGAUGUAGUUCAAUGUUGCAAUCGUUUAGAGAGUGUUUUAAACAAAUAUAAUAUUCUAGCUAAUUGUAUAAUUAUUUUACACGUCAGCAUUACUUGAAUAAAAAUUUUGUAAAUGUACCAUGUACACUUCUUGAAUUAAAUAUAGAUUGAAAUAUAUAUUUCUGUAAAUUUCAAUGAAUAGUUAGAGAAAGUAAUUUCGUUUUCAAACUAUUCAUCAAAGG